ACCACGCGUCAAGUCUAUGGUAGACGCUCGUGGCGCGUGGACGUGCUGUUGUGUACCUAGUGCUUGGAUUGCAGGAUGUUGUGCUCCUUCCUGGUCAUCUCACUGCUCGUCAAAGCUUCUGAAAGCCUUCGACUGGUCAGGCUUGACGUGCCUUCCGUUGUUCGAAGAGGGGAGCCAGCCUGGCUGAACUGCAGUUACCAGCUGGGGAACGACCAACUCUACUCAAUAAAGUGGUACAAGAACAACGUGGAAAUUUACAGAUUCCUUCCAAGCGAAGUGCCGCCCGUCAAGGUGUACAACAUGCCCGGCAUUCACGUGGACCUUUCAAAGUCAAACGAGAGCAACUUGUACCUGAACACGACGGACCUUAACUCGGAAGGAAAGUACCGGUGCGAGGUAUCCGCGGAGUCACCAUCUUUCCAAACAGAGAGAGGCCAGAAGGAAAUGCUCAUCUACGUCCUUCCAGAGGAAGACCCUACAAUUAAGGGACUUCAGAGUCAAUACAAAGUCGGCGACGUCAUCAAUUUGACCUGCUCCUACGGCCCUUCACGGCCUAAUGCAUCGGUCACGUGGUACAUCAACGACAGAAAGGUGUCGGGUAACGCCGAAGAAGUGAUCCAAACGUCGUCGUAUAUCGACGGGGAAGGUCUGAUGCACACCACGUCUCGCAUGAUGUUCCGGGCUCAGUUCAGCCACUUCUGGCACGGCGCAAUGGAGGUUCGCUGCUCAUCUCACGCUUCGCUCCCUUACUACGUGAGCAGCGAAGAAGUCAACAUCAGGGAAAACGGCCGCAAAGUGGACGUAUCCGGUCCGCAAAUGAAUGGCCCUCAGAUCGACGGCAGCAAAAACCACUACCGGCUGGGAAGCAUCGUAGACCUCAGCUGUCGAGCAGAAGGUGACGCUCCUGCGCACGAACUGAAGUGGCUCAUCAACGACAAAGAGGCUCAAGAUUCGUAUGUGUCAUACACGCCUCCAUUCGGACCCGACGGUCACUCUUCGACGGUGCUCCGGCUUCACUUCCGCUUGACCGAGCAGCAUUUCAGCAAGGGAGAACUGCGGCUCAAGUGUGUCUCCAAGCAAGUGCGUGAAUUCACGGCGGAUAGGUCGUUCAGGAUCCCAAUGAGCGACAAGGGACACACCUCGGGACUCCAGGUAUCCUUCUCCAGAGCAAACAGUGGAACGCAACGGAUGGCUUGCUUAACGCUCAUGCUUCUGCUGCUCACACUUUAGAAGAGUGCUCCACGCGGUCGUCGCAGCGCGCAUCGAGCCAGGUUCUCCAAGACCUUCUCCCCCGCAGCACGCUGCCACUCCCGGAAGGACCUCCAUGGCCUCAGGACGACGUGGGCCUUCGUGACUAGUCAGUCAAACGGAAUAGACUCCGUUCCGCAGCCGACAGGACGUGUACAAUCAUGGACACAAAUGACACGUAAAGAGAAGCGGUUUCCGUCUGUGUGAGCGCCGCGCGGGUGCGUGUGGUGUUUCUGAACAGUUAUCGCCAUCAGUAGAAGCAUUUUGCGCGCGCACGUGUAUAUUGGCAUGAGAGAUUAGCGCGAAAGAAAUCAUAAUGAACUGCUUGGACAAGUGAUACACAGACGUGUGCUGUGCAUUCUUGAAGUAUGUCUGCGAGGUAUAAAAUCCGGUCCUGUAAGAGGUCUGAUAUGUGGGUGAGCAGAAACCAUUAAAAUAUAGUUCGGUCAAUA